AUGGACUACAAAGGUCGGGCCAUCGAGCCCAUGCAUAUUGAUCGGAAGUCGCUAUAUGUCAACUUGGAAUCACGGAUCAAGUACCUGCACCACUUCCUUGAGUGGACCUCUGCCGAUGUCGAGGCCCUCCAGAGCGGAGCUAAAUACCUGAAGCAACUCAUCCCUGCAGUCGUCAACCUCGUCUACAAGAAACUAUUAGUUUAUGAUAUCACCUCGCGUUCUUUCCACACCCGAAACACUGCCGAUGAACGUGACCCAGAUAAAGAAUGGUUGACCGAGGAGACACCCCAGAUUAUGCGACGAAAGAUGUUCCUCCGCUGGUACCUCACUCGUCUGUGUCAAGAUCCUUCUACUAUGGAAUUCUGGCGCUACUUGGACAAAGUCGGUGUCAUGCACAGUGGUGCCGAGCGUCUGCAUGCCCUUAACAUUGAAUACAUCCAUAUGGGCGCCUGUCUGGGCUACAUCCAAGAUAUAUUCACCGAAGCCCUGAUGUCACACCCUCAACUCUCUAUGCGCCGAAAACUAGCUCUCGUCCGAGCCAUUAACAAGAUCAUCUGGAUCCAGAAUGACCUGUUCGCCAAAUACCACUGCCGCAAUGGUGAAGAGUACGCUGAUGAAAUGUCUCUAUACACUAUUGGUUCCGAAGGUUAUAUCGGCGACAAGAAGAUCCUCGGUAGCAGCUCCAGUUCUAGCGAAGACGACCGAUCUAGCGUUCACAGCACCGAGGCUCCAUCGAUUGCUCCCUCUACAGCACCCUCCACCAUCCCCCCGCAUGGCCUAGAGAUUCCGGCCAGCUUGCGUGCCCCUGGUUCUCCUAGCACUGGUGCUUGUCCAUUUGCCAGCAUGGCGGGGCCUUCAACAACCGAAACCAAGAUCUGGUCUGGCAAUAAUUAA